AUGACCACCAAACCCUCCUCUCCUCAAGUUCGUGAAGCCAUAGACUUGCUCAUCAUCAAUAUGGUCAACAUUAAAGAUCCUACUGGUCAGUUUCUACUGCACCUACAAGAUGGUCGAGUUAUCGAUACGAAAUCCUGGCACGGCUGGGAAUGGACACAUGGGAUCGGCCUCUACGGGAUCUGGAAAUACUACGAAAUGACAGGCAAUCCCGACCUCCUACGCAUCAUAGAAGAAUGGUUUGCCGCCCGUUUUGCGGAGGGUGGCACCACCAAAAACAUCAACACAAUGGCCGUGUUUUUGACCCUUGCAUAUGUUUACGAGAAGACCGGCAAUGUCGCAUAUCUUCCCUGGCUAGACACCUGGGCGGAAUGGGCCAUGUAUGACCUGCCGCGCACUCGAUACGGAGGCAUGCAACAUGCCACUUACCUGACAGAGAACCACCAACAGCUCUGGGAUGAUACUUUGAUGAUGACUGUCUUACCGCUAGCCAAGAUCGGCAAGCUGCUCACAGCGUACAUUGAAGAAGCAAAGCGUCAAUUCCUCGUGCACAUCAAGUAUCUCUUCGAUACCCGCACUGGCUUAUUCUACCACGGAUGGACUUUCGAAGGAUGCGGCCACAACUUCGCCCAGGUCCACUGGGCGCACCUGCAGCCCAACGACCCUAUCCGCAUGCAUCUUAUCGACACCCUCGAAGCACAGUGUGAAGGCCUUAAAUCCCUUCAGAACUCGUCCGGCUCCUGGCAUACCCUCCUUGACCAUCCAGACUCCUAUACCGAGGCCUCAGCAACGGCAGGGUUUGCAUACGGGAUCCUAAAAAGGGUUCGGAAGCGGUAA